GAAAAAAAGAAACUUAGAGUGCAUUUCCACAAUUUUUAACUUCAAAAGUCAAUAUCAAUUUAAAUUUGGUCGAACUCCCAGUGGGUAGAUACAAGAACAUAAUCGCAACACAUUUAACGUCAGUUGGAAAACAUUUAAAAUGCUAAAAAAUUAAAAGAAAAGGCAAACAGACAAACAGAGCAGCUUGCAGACACGUAUUGUCAAUUGGACAAAUUUAUCAAAAAAAAGUUCAGACCAUAAACAAAUUGUUAGUACUUAACUGUGAGCCGACUAAAUGAGAGCACCUUCACACCGCCGUCAUCGAAACAACAACAAAAUUGCAUAGCAGUUCCAAAAAAAAAAAUAUUCGGAAAUUUAAGUGUCAGAUUUUGUUUGUAAUUUUUUUUUUUCGAUUUGAUGUGAGUUCAUUGGAGUACAAUAAACCAAGAGACAUGAAGUUUAACACAACUUUGUUGAUCUUGGCUAUGCUGAGCGUAUAUUUCGGGCCUCCAUCUAUGGUAUUGGCCAAGCAAGCUAAGACUGAGGUGCAAAACGGUCUGAAUUCAACGGCUUGUUUGGAGCCCAAAACACCGGGUUUAUGCCGUGGCAAAUAUUUGCGCUAUGCUUUCGACAAUAAGUCGGGCAAUUGCAUUGGUUUCUACUACUCUGGAUGUGGGGCCACCCUAAAUAAUUUUCUAACCUAUGAGGAAUGCCGUCGCGAUUGCAUGCAGCGCGUCAGAUAUUGAUUUGGAUAUACACAUAGAGACUGAAAGAGAAAUUUUAAUAAACAUGCAUAUAUAAUUUUUUUACUAGUAUAAAUAAUGUUUUAAUAAAAGCCCCACUAUAGAAAAGUA